UUAAAAACAAAAAAUUAAUAAACCAAAACCAACCACGAAAAGGCGUCGGUAAUCGGUAUAAUGAUUCUCGCCGGCAAAAAAAUUAAAUAAUUUAAUAAAUAAAAACCCUACCUUAUUUCUUUCUCUCUCUAUAACUACUUUCUCUCUCUAACAAUUUUCUCUCUCCUCUCGGCGGUGAGUGGCUAUGGAUGACGACGACGAGAUCCACUCGAUCCACUCGAAUCCAUCUCCGGCGAGUGGUUCUCCAUCUCCGGUGUCGUCUUCGGGAGCGAUCGGUAGUAUUUCGGUGACGGUCGCGGCACCGGCGGCGAACAGCUAUGCAUUAGCUCUUCCGAUUCAGAAUACGACGACACGUGGAAGCAACGGUGGAGGGAGGGAGGAUUGUUGGAGCGAAGCAGCGACGGCGGUGUUGAUUGAAGCGUGGGGAGAGAGGUAUUUGGAAUUGAGCAGAGGGAAUUUGAAGCAGAAGCAUUGGAAAGAGGUAGCGGAGAUUGUGAAUGGAAGAGGUGAUUAUUUGAAAGCUCCGAAAACUGAUGUACAGUGUAAGAAUCGGAUUGAUACGGUUAAGAAGAAGUAUAAAUCCGAGAAAGCUAAGAUCGGUGCCGGAGGUGGCUCCGGCGGUGUUACAACCAGCACUUGGCGGUUUUAUGAUCGGUUAGAUCAGUUAAUUGGUCCAACCGCCAAGAUCAGUGGUGUUUCCGGUACUAGUCAUACCGGAAACAGUAAUUUGCCACAACAUAAAGUUCCGUUAGGAAUUCCUGUUGGUAUUCGCGCCUAUGGAGCUAGAGGCGCGAAUCAGGUUAAUUCUCAGAAGAAAAAUAUUCAACAAGCUCAGUUGAAUUAUCAGAAGAUUCAGCUCAGACCACGAGUUUCGGAGCUGAAUUCUUCUGAUAAUUCAUCUGAAAAAGAAGCGUUGUCACCGGUGUCAAGCGACAGUUUACCACCACCGGAGAGGAAGAGAGCGAAAGUGAUGAAUUCGAAUUCAAAGGGAAGAGGUUGGGGAAGUGCGGUGAGGGAAUUGACUCAGGCGAUUGUGAAAUUUGGUGAAGCUUAUGAACAAGCGGAGACAUCGAAGUUGCAGCAGGUGGUGGAGAUGGAGAAGCAGAGGAUGAAGUUUGCUAAGGAUUUGGAGUUGCAGAGAAUGCAGUUUUUCAUGAAAACUCAGGUAGAGAUUUCACAGUUGAAACUUGGAAGAAAAAGUGUUAAUGUUAAUGGAAACACAAGUAAUCAUCAAAACAACAACAAUGUAAGCAGCAACAACAACAAUAGCAACCAUAACAACAACAGUGACAGUGAGUGAGUGAUGUUUAGGUUUAAGGUUAUAUUCAAAUUUCAAUUCUGUGUGUAUGUGUUUAGUUAUUAUGGAUUAAGAUUUGUGCAUUAAUUGUUGUAGUUAACUUAGAGGGGCGUUGUUGCCAAAGGGAAUAAUUAAAAAAAAAAAUGAGGAGUAUGUUGUACUAAAUAAUUUAAUGUAUCAAUGUAGCAGAUGUGUUAUUUGUAAUGUGUAACACCAUUCUCAAUUGUUAUUAUCAGUGUUAAGGAUCAUAUCUUUGUUGA